AUGGCAACAGGUCAAGAUGAGUCAGUAAAAUAGCUCUUCAAACAGCUUAAGGAGGAUCUUAGAUAAAUUUAAGACUCAGAAGAAUAGUAUGAUCGAGCUGGAACCUCAGCAAAGAUUAAAAUAGUUUAAGAGGCUUAAGUUCUCGUGAAUAGCAGUCGCUUGAAUAUCAGAAAUUUAGAGUUUGAAAUUAAAAUGCUUCCUGAGUAUUCAAGGGGUGAUUACAUGCAGAAGUUUAGGAAUAUCUAGCAGCAAUAUGAGGAAUCAAGAAAGAUAUUCUUUAAGUUAGAAGAUAAUAUGAACACUGAGGUCUUUAAGAAAUCUAAAAUUGGUGGAGUGCAAGAAGAUGAAAAGAGACCUAAUAAAGAUAUCAGAUCUCGUUUGCUUAACGGUGUUGAAGAUAUUUACGAUUAAGAAUAACAACUAUAACGUAUUAAAAUCAUGGGCUAAGAGACAUAUAUGGUCAUGAAAGAUGCCAAUAAUAUGAUAUUCAAAGAUAGAGAGGGCUUAUAUAGAAUGAUAGAGAAUUAAGACAUAAUGUCUCAAGAUAUUGAUCAUGCGCAUGGAGUUAUCGUAGGGAUUGAGAGAACUUAAUUUAUUCGCAAGUGCUUGCUUUAUUUAAUAGCAACUCUACUUUUCCUUGCUAAUUGUCUUCUAAUUGUAUACAAGGUUCUUUACUGA